AUGUUGACACAGAGAAUAGCCCAGCAAUCGCUGCGCAGGCUCGCAGCCAGCCAGCCCGGCCUUGUAUCCCAAAGCAUGGCAUUCAAGAAGUUUGCUGCUCCCGCCGCAAUAAUGGGCUCUUCUCUGCAGACCCGACCAAUAACAACGCAACCGAUGAAGCCCUCCGACUCGUACGAAAUCCUCGUCGCUCAACGGAAGAACCGCCCCAACUCACCCCACCUCACCAUCUACCAACCCCAAAUUCCCUGGAUCCUCUCGAUCACCAACCGCAUCACAGGCUCCGUCCUAUCCGGUGCAUUCUACAUUUUUGGCUCCGCAUAUCUUGUCGCGCCACUCUUUGGCUGGCAUCUGGAUAGCGCCAGCCUGGCUGCUGCGUUUGGCGCCUGGCCUGUUGCCGCCAAGGUGUUGACGAAAUUCGCGUUUGCGCUCCCGUUCACAUUUCACAGCUUCAAUGGGAUCAGGCAUUUUGUGUGGGAUUCGGGGAAGGCGUUCAAGAAUGCAACUGUAAUUAAGACGGGUUGGGUUGUGAUGGGGUUGACGGGUGUUAGUUCGUUGGCCUUGGCUCUGUUCUUGUGA